AGCGCAGGCUUGCGACAGGUGAAGACAGCAAACACUUCACGGCCCCAGUCGCCAGACGCAGCUCGCUCCGCGAAGAAGCCGCAGCAGGUUCCAAUGGCUCGGCGGGUGCUGGUGAUGGGCGCCGCGGGGCAGCUGGGCCGGCAGGUGUGCGGCAGGUUCGCGUCCUCCUCCUGGCGCCUCAUCGCCGCGGACGUCGUCGCCGCCGGCGGCGCGGACCUGGCGCUGGGAGGCCUGGGCGCGGCUGCGGCGCUGGAGGCGCUGCAGGAGAAGCUGCGGGGAGAGCGGCUGGAUGCUGUGGUGAACGUCGCGGGGGGCUUUGCCAUGGGCAGCGCGCAGGACGCAGAGGUGCUGGACAACACCAAGGCCAUGGUCGAGUCCUCGGUGUACUCCUCGGUGCUGGCAGCGCACUUGGCGGCCAAGGCCCUCAAGGAGGAGGGCCUGGUGAUUUUGCCGGGCGCCGCGGCCGCCUGGGGCCCCACGGCUUGGAGUUUGCCCUAUGGCCUCUCCAAGGUGGCCGUGCAUCACCUGGUGCGGUCCCUGGCGGCGGAGGGGUCCACGCUGCCAAAGGGCGCCAAGACCAUCGGCCUGGCGCCGCAGAUCCUUGACACUCCGCAGAACCGGGCGGCGAUGCCGGAUGCCGACCGCAGCACUUGGGCCAGUCUUGAGGAGGUAGCGGAGCAGAUCGAGCGUUGGUGCGCCGACCCGCAGCUCGUGCAGAGCGGCCAGGUCUACCUCAUCGACAAGGCGCCCGGCCAACCUGCCGGCUUCGAGGCCAAGGAUCCCCUGUGAGGCAACAGGAUGCAGUGACUGGACCUAGAGGGCGAGAUGAUGUGCUUGGGAGGGCUUGCUUUCGAUCUCAUUUUGAUGCCCGCAAAGUGGUGAAGUGCCAUUUAAUUUGAGGAAGAGGGCGAAAGUUGAUGAAGGAAAUUUUAAGAGGCAGUGUACAUAAUGGAGUGCAGCAUCAAAGAACGCAUCCAAGAGCUUGUUGCAAGCUUUGAACUGCAACCGCUCGUGCGCAACCUUUUGCCGGCUCCCGCAAAGGAGAUAAAGGUUGUGCACCGCAGCCGGGCUUCGUGCUUGAGUGGUCAUGAAAGCCCUCGGGUAGUUAAGGGCUCAUUUUUGCUGAGCUGUUGAGAGUACUCGAACUGGCCCUCCAUCUGCGAGAUGAUUGGAGC